GCAGGCAACGAACGGUCACUGUCGGUAUAGCUUAGAGUUUUACGCAGGGCCACAUAUUAUUUUGUCUGGUGGCAUUCAAUUAGGAUAAUGAAUCGAUAUAAGAGAUUUUAGAGAGCCUUACAGCAAAAAAAAAAAAAAAAAAAAAAAAAAUCGCUACCAUUCAACUCUUCUUCUCUAUAAGCUUAAUGGAGGCUGAUGCAGAAAACUUGAAGCCACUCUGUGAUGACGAAGAUCAACGAGCUUUAGAUAAAGUCAUCGCCGAGAGGACCGCAAAUGAAAAGGCGAAGAGACCCACAUGGAGCGGGCAGUUGGAGUUCAUCUUGGCAUCGGUGGGGUACGCCGUGGGUCUGGGCAACAUCUGGAGGUUUCCUUAUCUGUGCUACAGCAGCGGCGGAGGUGCCUUCAUAAUCCCUUACUUCACCAUGGUGCUCCUGUGUGGCAUUCCUCUACUCUUCAUGGAGUUUACCAUAGGGCAGUAUACUGUCUUAGGGCCAGUGCAUGCUCUCGCCAAAAUCUGUCCCUUGUUAAAAGGUGUUGGUCUGGCCACAGUUGUCAUCUCUGUUGUAUCCUCUACAUACUACAAUGUGAUCAUGAGCUGGGCACUUUUCUAUUUGUUCAACUCAUUCGGAGCCACUCUCCCCUGGUCAUCCUGCAAUAACACUUGGAAUGCUUUUGGAAAUUGUUCCAGCGGUUUCCCUGGCAACGCUACCCACCUUCAGUCUUCGAGCCAACAAUUCUUUGAUCACAAGCUUCUGGAGAAAACCAGCAGGAUUGAGGAAGUUGGUGGCCUCCACUGGGAAUUAUCAGGCUAUCUUCUCAUAUCAUGGAUCAUCGUUUAUUUAUGCAUUUUUAAAGGGGUCAAAUCAACUGGCAAGGUUGUUUAUUUCACUGCUGUUUUUCCCUACUUCAUCUUGUUUGCCCUGCUCAUCAAUAACGUGCAGCUGCCUGGAGCCAAGAACGGUAUCCUCUACUUUGUGACACCUGUCUGGAGUAAACUGCUUGCAGUGAAGGUUUGGGUUAAUGCAGCAGCCCAGGUCUUUAACUCAGUUGGAAUAGCAUUCGGCUCCAUGAUUUCAAUGGCUAGUUACAACAAGUUUAACAACAACAUUCUGAGGGAUGUCUUGAUUGUGUCAUUUGUCAACUCCUUCACUAGUAUCCUGGGUGGCUUUGUGAUUUUCUCAGCUGUUGGCUACAUGGCUCACAUACAUAACCUACCAGUUGACAACAUAGCUACAGAUGGCCCUGGUUUGGUGUUUGUUGUGUACCCUGAGGUCCUUUCCACCAUGCCUGUCUCUCAGCUGUGGACCCCCCUAUUCUUCAUUAUGCUGCUGUGUCUGGGCCUGGACAGUCAGUUUGCCAACGUGGAAGUGGGUGUGACGUUUUUAAAGGAUGAGUUUGGACCCAAAAUUCUGCGUUUCGUAAAGAGAGAAGAGCUGUUAGUCCUGACUGUGUGCGUUGUCUGCUUUGUUUUGGGGCUUCCUCAUGUUACUAAGGGAGGCAUUUAUGUGUUUCAGCUGAUGGAUCAUUGCACUGCUGUAGUUUCCCUCAUAUUCCUGGCAUUCUUUGAAGUUGUGGCUGUAUGCUGGAUCUUUGGUGUGCCACAGCUCUCUCUAAUGGUAAAGAGGAUGCGAGGCAAAUCUCCACACGUCUUUUUUCGCCUCUGCUGGCUGCUGGUUUGUCCUAUACUGUUGUUGUCUAUACUGACCUCCAGCAUUGUUCAGUACACCCCUCCUCACUAUGGUAACUACUGGUACCCACUUUGGGCUCAGUUGGUGGGCUGGGGUAUCUCACUAGUCUCUGUGGUGUGGAUCCCACUUGGUGCCAUUCAUGAGAUCUGCAACAACAAAGGAACUCUUGUUCAGAGACUUAAAAUAGCUGUUACGCCAACAUUGGACAUGGGUGAUGUGGAUCCAGUGCUGGAAAAACAAAAUCAUGACAUCUCAAUGGCUGAAAAAUGUUUACUUCAAGAGUCAGAGACAGCUAAAGUCAUGUGAUGUUAAAUGGCACAAGAGGACCUCAUUGUUUUGAUCAUUGUUAUAUUUUUUUCUAUUGAUAAUUUUACAUUAGACCACCAACUAAUAUAGUUCACUUGCACUUAUCCAUCACUUCAGUGGUUCCCAACCAAAGGCCGCUGGACCCCCAAGGAGGUCCUCCAAUGGGCACACGGGGUCCCAGAGGCUUUGACUGUUCAGAGCCAGUGUGAUUUAAAUUAAGACCAUGUCCACACAAAGACGAGCUGAGGUGUGUUCCCUUCAGCUUUUAUCAUUUGGGUGUUUCAUGCACAUGAAACCAGUGUUAUGGGAGCCCAAAAACACUAGACUAAACAAAAGUAAGGCUAUGUGCUAAUUAUUACCUUAACUUUGGUUUUAGCACAGGAAAGGAGUCAGCCUGAAUGCAUCAUUUAUGAUGAGAAGCAGCUGAUGAAAGCAUAAAACAGCUUUUUGGUCUUCAGUGAAAACAGGUUGGGAACCACUGAGUUAAAGGACUUAUUUAUUCGUUUCUAUUCUGGUAUGUUUAGAUUAUACAAACAUACCAUAAAUUUCAAUAUUCUAACCCAAUACUGAAAUUUAGCUGAUUAUUUCUAAUUUGAUUUGCCUAAAUGUGCAGAGAUAUUUUCUCUGCCUGUUUUUUAUGGUAAAUGUUGGUGAGUUUGUGUAGUUUAGAAUGUUGCAAUCGACUUAUGGACCAGCCAGUCAGAUGCCUUAAAGAAUAAAUAAAUAAAAUAUUAAUACAUCUACUGUAUAAACCAUGAUAACAAAGGCAUUUCUAGAUUAACUGCACUGCAGUGAGGCCAAAGAGACUUCUUUCAUUUGAAAGUCUUGGCCAAAUGCAGCCUUGUUCACUCUGUUCAAUCUUUGUGGACCAAAAACUUAGAACUUACAUGUCUGUUUUUUUUAAUGCAUUUUUUGGGUAGUCCCCAUCAACUUACAUUUAAAAGAUUGCUUUAUUGAGCUCACCCUUGCUUUAUGGUGAGCUCAAAUGUCAGCUACUCCAUUUAAUCCUCACUGGUACAUCAUCACACCGCUGUGACGACUCAGAAAUGUUUGACUUUGAUGAGACUGCCUGAA